AUGGUAUUAGAUGACUCUUCGAAUCCAGGAGAUGUGGCUCAUCUCUUCAAGAAUGACGAUACUAGUAGUGAAUAUUACAUUCACCCAAAUGAAAACUCCUCUUUAGUCCUUACUUCUGCUUUAUUAACCGGUAGCAAGUAUCACAGUUGGGCGAGGUCGAUGAAAAUGUCCCUAAUUUUUAAGAACAAGCUGCGAUUUGCGGAUGGGUCUAUCCGAGCGCCCAAGGAGGAUGAUCCCAAGUACUAUGCAUGGUUGAAAUGUAACAAUUUUGUGCUUUCUUGGUUGCAGCGAACCUUGAGCUCGGAGAUUGGGCAAAGCGUGAUGUGGAUUGAUAACGCGUAUGAUCCUUGGGCGGACCUUUUUGAUCGCUUUUCUCAGGGCGACUUGAUGCCGAUUUCUGAGCUUCAGCAGGAUUUAUUUUCCCUGCAACUAGGUACGCUUUCGGUGACUGCGUAUUAUACACAAUUGAAGAUAGUGUGGGAUGAAAUAUGCAAUCUACGACCAUUAAAUUCUUGUGAGUAUUCUGCGAAAGAUUAUAGAAAACAAGAUUUUGUUCUUAGGUUUUUAAAGGGAUUGAAUGACAAAUUUUCUGUUCAAAAGUCUCAAAUUCUCAUGAUGAAACCUUUGUCCACAAUUAAUGCUAUCUUUGCUAUGGUUGUUCAACAUGAAAGGUCGAUUACUGCUACUGGGUCUGUGAGUGAAUCUAAUGUUCUUUUUGCUGGGAAAUAUGUUCAUAAUAAUAGAAAUCUUGUGAAUAAACGUGAUGACUUCGACAGUGGGAAUAGUUCAAGGAGGGGUUUUAGUGCUACUAAGAAACCUACCUGCACUUUCUGUGGGCUUUAUGGUCAUUCUGUUGAAAAGUGUUAUAGAAAACAUGUGUUUCCUCCUGGCUCUAAGAUUUUUAACAAAGGACAGACUGGUAUAGGAAGUCAGAUUUGUAUUUCUACUUUAGAUAAUCAAGACUCAUGGGGUUCUUGCAUGGAUGCAAAGAAUAGUUCUUUUACUCUUACUAAAGAACAUUAUACUAGUCUUUUGAGUUUGAUAAAGGACAGAGGCGCACUUGAACUGCAAAUGGCAGCUUUCAUUUUGUAA